AUGGCUAAGCGUGGCGACGGUUUUGUCCACGUUCGUGGUUUCUUAAUCAAACGGCUCUUUUCUACAGUUCCCCUCAACACCGUAACAUUUUGGAACACACACUACAACAUGGCCAUGCAAGGACCGUUGCAAUUUCCAGGGCUUCCCCGUGCAAACGAGGCAGCUUUUGCCAAGCUCGAGAGCCGGAUCAGCGAGUCCCAGGCGCCUUUCCUGUACUCCAGUUCCACUUCACUGGGGAGCGUGCAAGAGACUGAGAAGGACCUCAUCCGCUGCGUAAUCUGCCAUGAGCAGAAGCUCCCUUCCGAAAUGACCGAACUGUCCUGCAGACACAGACACUGCAUUGCCUGUGUCCGCACCCUGGCCGAUUUCUACAUCAACGGCCAAAUCACGUACCCCAACUUCUGCUGCAAGAAAUUCGAGCCGGCAAAGUCCAUCGUUCCCUGUCUGUCCGCCACUCAGAAACAGGCAUAUAUCGACAAGGUGGAGGAGUGCCAGCUCUCCUCCCACAGCCUAUGGUAUUGCCCUAAGCCGUCUUGCGCGCGAUGGAUACGCCCGAGGGAGAUGCUCGUCAAGGGCACCGCGUUCUCGCACUCCUUCGCCUGUUCGCACUGCAAUGCGGAUAUCUGUACUCGGUGCCGCGGUCGCGGCCAUUCUGGGAGUUGCCCACCUGAUGAGGGGCGCCAGGCGCUGCUAAAGUUGGCGAGUGCUAAAGGGUGGAAGCAGUGUGGCCGGUGUGGAAAUCUCGUCGACGCCGAUGAUGAGGUUGCCGCCAAAGGUGACUUCCGUGGUAGUUGCAAGCAUGUUGCUUGUCCGUGUCGGGAGCAGAUCUGCUAUGGCGGUUGGUUCCAUCAUCAUGGUGGCUGUUUGAUGAACAAUACUUGGGCGCGCUUGAAGGGUUCAACCAUUCCUCGGGUAAUGGGAAUUUUCAGAAAUGUCUAA